UCAGCUCCAGCUCAACAGCAAUGGAUUUGUUUCCCAGAGCAUAGCAAGUAUACAACUGUUCUAGAGAAAAAGGGACUGUAGGAUUUGGAAAAGAAAAGCUUCUUGGAUCAUAGUUGGAUUUUCAGAUGCUAAAUUACUUUAUCACCACAGAUUGCUCUCAGCUGAUCUUUAACCUCCCUCGGGACAGUCAUACAAGAACAACUUGGCAUGACCUUUGCUCAAUUGUUUUAAGUACAAGAAGUGGAAAUUUUAUUAUGUGGCCAGAGCAGCUCAAGGUCCUCUCAAGGAAAGUGUGAAAGCUACAGGGAUGUAUUUGGUAGCCGUGUUGGUCUGAGACAAAAAGAAAAAGCUGCAGGGAGAAGUUUGUCAGAAGUACAUUAAACACAAAGAUGGUAGGCUGUCAAAAACGCAGGACAGAAGAGGAAACUCAAGAGACGCAGACUGCCAAACAUCAACGACAGACUCUGACUGCACCUGCUCCAUUUGCAGAUGAAACAAGCUGUCAGUGCCAAGCUCCACAUGAGAAGCUAACCAUUGCUCAAGCUCGCCUGGGAACGCCAGUUGACAGACCUGUCAGAGUGUAUGCAGAUGGAAUAUUUGACCUCUUCCACUCCGGCCACGCUCGAGCUCUUAUGCAAGCCAAAACUCUAUUCCCAAAUAGCUACUUAUUAGUAGGAGUUUGCAGCGAUGAUCUAACCCACAAAUUUAAAGGCUUCACUGUAAUGAAUGAAACAGAACGGUAUGAGGCCCUCAGGCACUGUCGCUAUGUAGAUGAAGUCAUCAGAGAUGCUCCAUGGACGCUCACACCAGAGUUCUUGGAAAAACACAAGAUUGAUUUUGUAGCCCAUGAUGACAUUCCAUACUCCUCCGCUGGUUCGGAUGAUGUGUACAAGCACAUAAAGGAGGCAGGAAUGUUUGUACCAACACAAAGAACUGAAGGUAUCUCAACCUCAGACAUUAUUACUAGAAUUGUACGAGAUUAUGACGUCUAUGCCCGACGCAACCUCCAAAGAGGAUACACUGCCAAAGAGCUGAAUGUUAGUUUUAUAAAUGAGAAGAAAUACCGCUUUCAGAACCAGGUAGACAAAAUGAAGGAAAAAGUUAAGAAUGUUGAGGAAAAAUCGAAAGAAUUUGUUAACAAAGUGGAAGAGAAGAGCCACGACCUCAUCCAGAAAUGGGAAGAGAAAUCCAGAGAGUUCAUUGGCAACUUUUUAGAGCUGUUUGGACCUGAUGGAGCAUGGAAACAGAUGUUUCAGGAGCGAAGUGGACGGAUGCUCCAGGCCUUCUCACCGAGGCAGAGCCCAACCAGCAGCCCAACACGAGGCCGCUCACCAUCCCGCUCUCCGUCACCACCCUUCCCAUGGCUCUCCAAUAAAGCCUCGCCUCCUUCUUCUCCCAAAGCUGCCUCAGCCUCCAUUAGCAGCAUGAGCGAGGGCGAUGAGGAUGAAAAAUAAAGUAAGAGUCAUUUUAAAAGGGGCAAAAGAACCCCAAACACAAAACAAAAAAGAAAACAGUCAUGUAACCUGCAACUGGAUGGAGGGAGAACAACAAGGGGGAUAUUUCUGACAGAUGGGAAUGUGCGCUAAUGAGGAGACAUUGUCCGGAGACUG